ACCUGAAGAGAGUGGAGAUAGAGGACCACUUCUCUGAUAAGGAGAAGCUCUCUACCUCUGCUCAGCUCCACUUGGACAGAGGAGGCCGAGGAGGCUUUACAGAAAGGAGGUCUACAGAUUAAAAAAGAUAGUACAGAAGAUCAAUAUUCAGUUUAUUUGUGUAGCCCAAAAACUCACAUUGGAUCAGGAAAAACUCCCAAAUAACCCUUCACGGGGAAAAAAGGGAAGAAACCUUCAGGAGAGCAACAGAGGAGGAUCCCUCUCCAGGAUGGACAGAUGCAAUAGAUGCCAUGUGUACAGAAGGAAUCGUUAUACACAAAUUAAAACACAGUAACAACACAAUCAAUGAAUAUGACAGAGUGUAUGAAUAGUUGGUAGUAGGCAUAUUCCACGAUUGAGACCUCCACGAUCUAUCAGGCAGAUGGAGGUAGAGAGGAGGAGUGGGCGCAGCAUCUCAGGGGAGGAAGCAGAGUUAGUAAUGUGUGAUUGAGAGAUGAAAAUUCAUCCAUAAGGAGAGAGAAAAGAGGAGAUAGGUGCUCAGUGCAUCCUAAACGUCCCCCAGCAGCUAUAAGCCUAUAGCAGCAUAUCAAGGGGCUGGACCAGGUGAACCUGAUUCAGCCCUAACUAUAAGCUCUGUCAAAGAGGAAAGUCUUCAGUCUACUCUACAUGAGGUGACUGUGUCUGCCUCCAGGACUGAAGGUGGAAGCUGGUUCCAUAAAAGAGGAGAUUGAUAAAGUGUCCUUUAACUCCCACGUGAAGCAAAUCUCAAAGGACUUCAUUCUUUCAUCUACGUAAUAUUUCAAAAAUCAGACACAUCUUGUCUCAAAAAGAUGCAGAAAAGCUGGUUCACGCGUUCGUUACUUCUAGACUGGAUUACUGCAACUUCUUAUAAUCAGGCUGCUCUAAUAAGUCUCUUAGGUCCCUCCAGUUGAUCCAGAAUGCUGCAGCUCGUGUUCUCACUAAAACUAAGAAAAGAGAUCACAUGACUCCUGCAUUAGCUGCUCUGCACUGGCUCCCCGUAAAAUCAAGAAUCACUUUUAAAAUGCUUCUCUUAACCUCCAAAGCAUUGAUUGGUGAUGCACCAUCAUAUCUGACAAUAAAAGACUUGUAACUUGUAUAUCUUAAGGAGCUUGUAAUACCAUAUUGCCCCACUAGAGAGCUGAUAAUCGAGAGCUAAAUGAUAAUGCUGGACAUUAAGCACACUGGACGUGAACAGGGCCAGAGAUCCAGAGAAGAGCACAACCCCAGAUCACGACCCUGAAGAAACUGGUGGAGGUAGCCGGUCCUGGACUGGGAGACGGGUCUGCUGUGGCUUCUCAGCUCCGGCUGGACUCCAUGCGGCAGAGCACGAGGUUCCUGAGUAGAUGGCGGGAGGUCGAGAUGCUGCAGGAGUAUUACAAAGGAGAGGAAGCUCCAGACUCUGCAGAUCUGGGAUGCAUUUCGAAGCUGAAUGGGGUCUCAGGACCAUGAUGUAGGGAACAGAGCGCAAAUUCUUCGACACAAAAUGUAUAAAAGUGCUCAACAAAAACAAACCGGACCAGUGAGCCAACACUGUGGAGGCAAAAUCCUUUAUUUCUCAUCGUGUGUGUUUGUUGAUUUGUUUAAGUUUGAUAUGAAUACGAUGUUCUGUUCGUUCAAAUUGUUUUAAGUAACAUCAAUUUUUUUCUAAAAAUCAAAAUCUCUGUGUUUGUGUGUGUGUGUGUGUGUGAGAGAGAGAGGAGACGUAACUGAAUCUGUGUUUCAGAGUUUGAUAACAGGUCUUCUCCACCAUCAUCCCGAGGACCCUGUGAGCUUCCUGCAAAGCUGCCUGAUAAUAACCAGAGAGAUGGGUGGUCCUGAGAAGGUCAGCUGGGACACCUUCAUCCACCCGGAGAGACGCCGACUGAGCGACAGACCACCAUCAACUGCAUCAGUACCCCCCAGAACAACACCCAUACCCACAUUAACUUCCCCAAAACCCCAAACAACAGCAUCAUUACCUGCCAGAACAACACCCAUACCCUCAUUAAGUUCCUCAAUACCCCAAACAACACCCCCAAUAUCUCCUAUAAUGCUAUCAAAUCCACUAACACCUCCAAUACUUUCAGUAACCCCCAAAAUAACAAAUAUAUCCCCUAUAAAACCCCACACAACACACUCUAUGCCCCACACUUCAACCCCAAAACCCAAGACAUCACGUGAGAUAACACUCCCAACAUCCACAGUAACCCUUCCAGCGCAUGAGUCACCCUUUCCCUCCAUUAAGCCUCAAACAUCUGUCUCAGCCCCACUGACACCCCAAGUGUUCUCCAUCACCAGCAAAGCACUAUCAGGACCCAUCGAAACCAGUCCUGAACUCCUGUCCCCAGCUCCACCUGGACCUACAAUGACCCCACUUGUACCCCCUCAGAGGAAGGAACUACAAGACACAAAGGUGUUCAACUCAGCAGGUAAGAGACUGGACAAUGCUGAGCUUUACUGAGUUUGAUGGUUAGCCAGGAGUUCAGCUGCAAUUCAGUUCUUGAGGAGUUCAGUUGGUUCAGUAGUUCAGUUCAGCACACCUGUUAAGUUUGCAGUGGCAAGUCAGUCCAAGAUUUGAUGUUCCUAUUCUAACGUCUCCCAUUCCAGCUCCCACUCCUGUUCCUCCUCCUCCUCCUCCAGUACGUUCUCAGGUCUCCAUCGACUCGGACUCGGACAUGAUGGAAAGCUCUGGACUCCUGCAGGAAGUCAGCAUUCUGCCUCCUCAGAAGCCACGCCCCCCAAUCAUCUCCAUCAUUGGUGGUCCAGGAAGUGGGAAGGGAAGUCAGGCGGCGAGGCUAGCCAGCUGCUUCAGUUUCAAAGUCAUCUCAUUGGAUGAGCUACUGAGGAGGCAACUGCUAAGCCACACCUCCCCAAGCAGGAAGUGGGAGGUUAUUUCACAAAUGAUGGGUCAUGGAGAGAUGGGACCACGGGUCAGAGUCAACCAACGCAAAACCUUGAACCAUCCCCCUCAACAAGACUUUACUGAACCUGCUGUCUUACUGUGUUUGAAGGAUGAAACCAUCUUGGAGCUGAGGCGUCAGCUGACUGAGCAGCAGGAGGCCAGAGGGUUCAUCGUGGACGGGUUCCCUCAAGAUAUCCACCAGGCUCUCAGCUUCCAGGAACAGAUGAGCUCUCCUGACCUGGUGAUGCUGCUGCUCUGCUCCAAUGAGACGCUGCGCUGUCGCAUGCAGCAACGGGCCACUCAACUCGGUCUCCUAGGAGACAACAGCCACGCCUUGCGCCGGCGCCUGGACACAUUUCAGAGGAACAUGGUCUCCAUCAGCAGAUACUACAGACAGCUACACCCACUGACACAAGUCCACUGUGUGUGUGUGUGUGUGUGUGUGUGUGUGUGUGUGCAGGUGGAUGCAGGCAGAGACCAGGAGGCGGUAUUUGCUGAUCUGAAUUCCACCAUCAGAAACAAACUUCUGCCAAAGGAUUUUUCAGUGGCUGUCCUGUGUCUCCAGGUCCUGCUGAUUAUCCAGAAUGCCCUAGUGCUGACCCUGCUGUCCCCUUUCACGUCAGAUCUGUCAAUCACCUGUGUGUCAAUCAUAACACCUGUGUGUCAAUCAAUGUCUGUCAAUCAAUAACACCUGUGUGAACUCAUGAACCAUUGAGUCAUAUGAACCUUCAUGUAAUCCAUAUUUCCAGUUGAAGGUGAUGACAUCAUUCUUGAUGAUGAUAAAUGUAAUAAUGUAUUAAACUGGAUUCAUUAAAUUACAUCAAGUGA